UAAAUCCUCUAUAAUUUAUAUUAAUAUGUGUAUUUAAGGAUUAGAACUAAUAAGAUCAAAACGAGUGAAGUAAUUCACCGAGUGUUACCCGACCAAGGGGUGUGGUGGCAUGAGAGGAGGUAUGAUUUUUAUUAAGGGGUCCAUCAUCUACUAUUGAUUAAAAAAAAAAGUGUGAUCUUAUACAAUGUAAUUUUUUGACGAAGUCCCGUCCACCUUUAUAAUUUCACAGCUCUGUGGUGGGAUGAUUGACAUUCUCCACCAUUAAUUAGAGGUCUCGAAUUUGAGCCCUUGAAAACUUCAUGGUAGGCACACUUUACUCCUUGAAUGGGCCCACCCAAGACAGUUUUUGAUUAGUCAAAGGCAAGUGGACUACAUGUAUAAGAUAGUUAAAUAAAAAAGUUAAAAAAAAAAAGAACAAUGAGUGCUAUAACACAAUAUACGGACAUUAUGAGUUCAUUUGGAUUAACUGAUUGAAAGCAGUUGAUAUGUAUUAAGUUAUAACACAAUAUACGGACCUUAUGAGUUCAUUUGGAUUAGCUGAUUGAAAGCAGUUGAUACGUAUUAAGUGUUGAAUUGUACUUUUUAUACUAAAAUUGAUUUAUAAAUAAGUAGCUAUUGUUUGGGUUGAAAUAUUGAAACUGAUAUAAAGUAAAUGUUUAUAACAAAAAAAUUCUAUCAAAAUGACUAAUAUAUCCUCAAGUUUUACAAAAAAUUGUAUAUUAAAAAGUAUUAGUAUAAUAUAAGGAGAAUAAUGAAAAACGAAAUACGAAAAUGAAAUGAAGAUAUAAUUAGGAGUUCUAUUUUGGAAAGAGUAUUUUGGGAAAUAAAUUAGGGACGUCAAAUCAUAGCUUCUUCUAAGAUGAAAACCUAUAAAUUGACGGGAUUAACCGACUUAUGAUUUUUUUACCAAUUUUGAAUUUUAAAUAAACGCUGAUUUCAUAAGUAAUUUGACUGAUACCAAAUACAUAAUUAAAUUAAAAGAGGCUUAUAAUCUAAUUUCAUCAGUUUAUAAGGAUAACUAAUCAUACUCAUUAUUAUCAUAUGUUUUACGCCUACUAAAGAAGAGUUAAUUAAUACUCUACGAUAUCAGAUUUAUUUGUAAUAAAAGAUUCUCUAUCCAAAACUUCAUUAUAAUAACUAUUUUGGACCAAAAAUAUAUGAAAGUCAAAGCAUGACAAAAAAUCUAUUUUGACCACGGAAAAAAAAAUACAAACUAGCCCUUAUACUUUAGGAUAGUGUCACAUAAGUCCUUUCGAAACUUUUAAAUAUUCUGAUAAAUUAAGCUUUGACUUAUAAUCAUUUAUACCUUCCGGUAUCUUUAUCCAUGAAUAUUGUUAAAGUAAAAUAAUAUUGUUGGUAUUUAUUGAUGGAUAUUAAAAUCUAAAAAGAACAGAAAAGUACUUUUAAAUGACGAAUGAAAAAUUAGAAAAUAUUUUAUGGAUACAUGUGAAUUGCAUAUUACGCUAAAUGAUAGUAUUAAAAAAAAAAAAAAAAAAGGAACUCUUAAUUUACAAAAGUAUAUAGGUGUUGCACCAUUUUGAUUUAUCACAAUAUUAGAUACUACAUAACUUGAGUUAUUUGUACACGUGAAAUUCGCUCUCACUAAUGAAUUAAAUUCUCUCGUGAUCCAUAUAUGGCUGUCUUUGGAUGUUUCAACCUGUUGCUGGUGUUUUAAUUUCUACAGAGUUGAGAAUUUGGAGCUACAAAUCAAGAAGAGCACAUUGGAAUUGCAGAUUUUGGAUGCUAACAUAAGGGAUUACGAACCAGGCACAGACCAUGAGCCUUCUCUUCAUCAACUCAAUUGGUGUGAGAGGAACUUGCAACAAUCUUUGCAAAAAGUCAUGGCUAGAAAAAUGGAGUUGCAGAAACAAGGCAUGAUGGAUGUUCACUUGGCUACACAACAAACAGCUCCCCAGGAGUUUGAUACUCGUAUUAAUCCAUACAGUACAAGUAUUCAAGGGAGCAUGUUUCGUGAUUGGAUAGACAAAGGAAAGAGAGUAUUAGGUAGGUCUAGCAAUUACGCAUAUAACACUCCCUAUGCAAGUUCUUCACAGCGUGGGGAUAUAUCAUUUUCUCCAAUCCAAAAUGCAUCUUAUAUCCCAAUGCAGAGCGAGCAACAAAACAUGGUAGCAGAUGUCCAACAGAAUCCAGCACAAGCAUUUGGGCAAUCAGAGGCACAAGUGACUUUUGGUGAAAGUAGUGGCAACUCUAUCAUGGACUUUUGGCACAAUCUUUGCACUUCUACUACAAGGCCUAUCUCCGGUCCACUAUCCACUAUGGGUACACAAAUAAUUAAUAUCUCCCAAUUAGAGUUGGAGUAUGCCCAUUCAAAUAGGAGUAUGAACUUGAAUCAUAACAACAACAAUCACAUCAUUCAACAGAAUAAUCAUGCUUCAGUUCAGAAUGAUGCAAGAGUUCCUAAUGUUAAUGGAAAUAACUAUUCCAUGGAGGAGAAAACCAUAGGAAACAAUGAAUAUUUCAUUGAAAAAACACAUGACAAUGAUUCAUGGCAAUGGAAUGAUGAUGUUCUCAAUGAGACUUUCAGUGUGGAAGACUUUGGAAAUUUUGAUUGAUCAACCAAUGACCAAUAAUCUUUUCGAUCUUCAUCUACAUCUUUAGUCCAUUUAAGUAAGGAUAUAUAAACAUAGCUGGCUCCUAAUGUUUUAGUUUUUCUAUUUUAUUUUAUUUUAUUACAAGA